GGUGCGCUUCUCCUCACCGGGCGGUGUCAGCUGAAGAAAACGGGACAGAGGAGCUGCGAGAGGCCGACAGAGGGAUUCGUUUCCCCGGGUGGUAUUACUGAAUUGCACCAGCGGACUUACAGUAUUGUAUAGUAAACAUGUCAACAGUCAGUGCUGAGGAGAUGGAGGAGAUCAGGGAGGCCUUCCAGAAAGUGGAUGUGGACAGCAACGGGUACAUCAACGCCUCUGAACUCAGUAAUCUGUUCCAUGAGGUGCGCUGUCCUCUGCCUGGAUACCAGAUCAGAGAACUCCUUCAGAAGCUGGACAGAGACAACGACAGCCGCAUCAACCUUGAAGAGUUCACGGCUAUUUUCCAGGAUAUGAAGGACGACCGCAUGGCCCAGGGUUUCAGGAAGGCUCUCAACAAGAAAGAAGGCAUUGUAGCCAUCGGGGGCACCAGCAACAUCUCUAGUGAAGGAACUCAGCAUUCGAUCUCUGAGCAGGAGCGCUUCGCCUUUGCCAACUACAUCAACUCUUCUUUGGAGAAGGAUCCAGACUGUGAACAUGUCCUGCCCAUCAACCCCAGUACUGAAGCUCUGUUCAAAGCAGUGGCAGACGGCGUCGUGCUUUGUAAACUCAUCAACCUCUCUGUUCCUGACACCAUUGAUGAGAGAACCAUCAAUAAAAAGAAGCUCACGCCUUUCACCAUACAGGAGAAUCUGAACUUGGCUCUGAAUUCAGCCUCGGCCAUCGGCUGCCAGGUUGUCAAUAUUGGAGCUCAAGAUCUGAAGGAGGGAAAACCUCACCUGGUGCUUGGACUCCUCUGGCAGAUUAUCAAGAUAGGACUGUUUGCUGAUAUAGAGCUGAGCCGCAAUGAAGCGAUAGCAGCGUUGCUACAGGAAGGCGAGAGUCUGGAGGACUUGAUGAAACUCAGUCCUGAGGAGCUCCUUCUUCGCUGGGCCAAUUUCCAUUUAAAGAAAGUUGGCAUGUCCAUAUCAAACUUUUCUGGCGAUAUUAAGGACUCCAAGGCGUACUUCCACCUGCUUGAGCAGAUCGCUCCAGACGGCAGCAAAGAGGACGUUCCACGGGUUGACGUCGAGAUGACUGGUCUUUAUGAGAAAGAUCUUACGAAGCGUGCAGAGUGUAUGCUCAAACAGGCCGACCGCCUCGGCUGCCGACAGUUUGUAACCGCCACUGAUGUCGUGUGUGGAAAUGCAAAGCUCAACAUGGCCUUUGUAGCCACACUCUUCAACAAACACCCAGCUCUCACCAAACCAGAGAACCAAGAGUGGAACCUGGAGAGUGAAACCAGAGAGGAGAGAACUUUCAGGAACUGGAUGAACUCUCUCGGAGUCAGUCCACAUGUUCACCAUAUCUACGGCGACCUGCAGAAUGCCAUGGUGAUUCUGCAGCUUUAUGAAAGAAUAAAGGUGCCAGUGGAUUGGGACAAUAGAGUCAACCGCCCUCCAUUCAAAGGAGUAGGAGGAGGACAUUUAAAAAAGAUGGAAAACUGUACCUACGCUGUGGAGCUGGGCAAGAAAAGCGCUGGUUUUUCCCUGGUGGGAAUUGGCGGACAGGACCUCUAUGAUGGAAAUCCAACUCUAACUCUGGCACUGGUGUGGCAGCUGAUGAGGAGGUACACUUUAAAUGUUCUUGAAGACCUCGGAGAUGGAGAAGUUGCAGGAGAUGAUUUGAUCAUUUCAUGGGUCAACAAGACUUUGGCUGGGGCUGGCAAGAGUUCCUCUAUCAAAAGCUUUAAGGACAGAGUGAUCGGUACCAGUAUUCCGGUUCUGGAAGUGAUUGACGCCAUUCAGCCUCAUAGUGUGAACUUUGAGCUGGUUAAAACAGGAAGUCUGUCAGACGAAGACAAACUGGACAAUGCCAAGUAUGCCAUUUCCAUGGCGAGGAAGAUCGGGGCCAAAGUCUACGCCCUGCCGGAGGACUUGGUGGAGAUCAACCCCAAAAUGGUGAUGACCAUCUUCGCCUGCCUGAUGGGUAGAGGCAUGAAGAGGGCAUAAAGGAGACACACAUACGCUCACAUACUCACACACACACACACACACACACACACACACACACAAUGACUGACUGCCUGUUUGAUUGUAUGAGACAUGAACAGAGUGAAAAUAGCUUUAUCGUUUUGUUCCUUUAAGGUUUUUCCUUCAUUAGCAUAAAUAGAAGUGUCACUUUAUUCCUCUAUUCUGAGUUCAACUGUUAGGAUACAGGAAUGAACAAUAACAUGACACAAACAGUGGUGAUCUUUGGGCUUGAAAGGAAUGUGUAUUUUCUUAAUGUUCAGAUAAUGAAGUGAGACUUCUAUAACGGCUACAUGGCAGAUAUUUGGGUUUUUUGUUUUUUCUGGAGCUCGGUUUCUCGGGUCACUACGGUGGUUGAGUGAUUAGCAGUGUCUCAUUAGGAAGGACUCAACUUCCUAUACUUCCUAUAGAUAUGAAUACAAGUGUGAGUGGAUUUGUCUAGACUGGCAACCAGUCCAGGGUCUGCCCAGUGCAUGCUGGGAUAGACCUGUCCUGUCCGUGGCCCUGAUGAGGGGUAAGCCUGUUGAGAACAAUAAAAGUUUUUGUGUCUUUAAAUCUAAAGGCUGUGAUACAUGGGAAACAUUUAAAGAUUAACAUAAAGCAACAAUUCAAGCUAGUGAUUUGGCGAGUUUUUCCUCAACAUUUUUUAUGUGUAAUGAGAUUUUAUUGCACUUUUACCUCUGCAUUCCUGCUUUUCCCCCAAACACAUUACUUAACAUUUGCAUUGCAUCCAAGUUUCCCAUGUGUCACUGCCUCAUGAUGUACCGACUAAGUUCUGCUGUAUCUUCCAAUGUGCCAGCAAAUUCACAGUAUGAGCAUUUAUUGUACUUAAGCCAUAAUAUAAUAUUCUUUACUGAAUACCUUUGGGCCUUUUUUAUAUACGACCAAAGCUGUGCAAGAUUACAGUCAGUGUAUGUCUUCACACUAGCAUCUAUAAAACUGAAUACCUUCAUUUGUUUAUUUAACCCAACCAUUGAUACUGAUGCAAUUAAGGUAUUUUUAAUGAGAUUUUAAGGGGAUAUUCGAUAGGUUAAUGGAUGUAAUACAUGUGUACCUUUCUUUACAACAUGUUUUUAAUGGAUUAUCUUUAAGGGCUUUCUAAGUGGUAAAACCCCCUUAAAUCUGACUGGAUGUCAUCCAUUUAUUGUUGUGUGUUAAGGUGAAAUCCUAUUGGUAAACGGUGAAGGUGGGUAAACCCUCAAACCUUUAUAGACCAGAUAAUCUUUUAAUACCCAUCGAUAAUAUAUCUAUAAAUGUAUUCAUCAAUCUACCCUAAAUUUGGGGUGAACCCAUGAAUUUGCACCUUAGUUGAAAGGUGCUAAUCAGGUACAAAUUAACGAUUACCUGCAAUCCUGUUUUGUAUAUUUCAAGGACUUAUUUAACCCUUAAAAACACCUUCAUUAAUUCAGAAUUAAUUAAAAAUCCUUUAAUAUAUUAUCCAUCCAUCCAUUGACGUAUCCAUUAUAAAACCACAAAUUUGUGGGACUUACAUACCUGAAACCUGCAUAAGAAUCCUUUAAAAUUUAAUUGAAUUGCACCUUAAAAUAUUUCAGACCCCUCAAUGUUGUCUGGAGAUGAUUAUUAAUACAGGAACAGAACAUCUAUAUUUGAUGAGUUGAAGAUGUAGAACUGAUCCAAGUGAACAGUGUCGAAGAUUUAUCUGUUCCUAAUUAAACAGCCUGAUUGAAAUAUGACUUAAAUUGUAAGAAACAUCCUAAGACCGAUUUCUAGUCCUGUAUUAAUCUAAAAUAUUAAUACAUUUAGUCUUAACACUGCAGCUGAAUACGUGGAUAUGUUAUCCAGUUUUGUUGCUGCUGAUUUUAACACUUGAUAUGUCUUUUUUGUUGUUGUUUUUCUUCCCCAAAUGUUUCUCAGUAAAGCAUUUUCCAAUAAGCUGUUUAUCUAUGUCAGCUCUUUGGAAUGUUAUGAAAAUAAAAUAUAUUGCUUUACAUGUUAGCAAUACUCCAAAAAUCCUGUGUACAAUCAGAUAAAUAAUGAGAAUUAAAAGAAAAUAAAAGCAUUUUUCCAUA